AUGCCGGGGACCCCUCCCCGGACCCCCCGGGUGGGAGCCGGCUGCGGGGGAUGCCCGAGGAGGAGGAUGCUCCGGGGCAUCAUCAACGUGGCCUCGUCCACCAACCUGCUGACGGACUCCAAGAACGUGCAGCUGGUGCUGGACCCCAGCCUGCAGCUGCUGAGCCGCAAACAGCGCAAGCCUACACGCGCGGGGCGGAGGCGGGACCGCUUCGACGGCGCCUCCCGCGUCAUCUACGGCAACAAGGGCAGCAACCGGGCGUCGCGGGUGGAGCUGCAUCACCUGGAGCCCGAGAACCCGGCCCACAAACCCCCCUCGCCCCACGACCUCGUCUACUUCGAGAAGUCGCCCAAUUUCUGCACCUACAGCGGGAAGACGGGGACGGCAGGCACGGCCGGGCGCUUCUGCAACAGCUCCUCGCCGGGGCUGGACGGGUGCGAGCUGCUGUGCUGCGGGCGCGGGUACCGCACGCGCACCGAGCGCAUCACCGAGCGCUGCAACUGCACCUACCACUGGCUGUGCUGCCACGUCAGCUGCCUGAACUGCACCAACACGCAGGUGCUGCACGAGUGCCUGUGA